AUGAGAAAUGUAUUCUUUAAAAUUCUACUUUAUUAUUUUAUUGAUCAAUAUGUAUCAUAUGUUAUUCUUUAUAAUACAGAAAAUCAAGUUAAAACACAAUCUUAUGAUUGUAUUUUCUAUUCAAAUAAAACAUAUCAUUUACAAUCAAGUAAAUAUUGUAUUCAAAUGAAUGAUUCUAUUCAAUUAAAUCGAACAAUGGAUAACGAUUCUGAAUGUUUAAAUAAUGGACAAAAAUAUGAUUUUUAUUCACUUAAAAUGCUUAAUAUAGAAGCAAUGGAAAUUUUAAAAUGGAAUUCAGGAAUCGAAAUAGCUGAUUCAUAUGCAGCGUAUUUGAACAGAUUUAAUCAUGAAUCUGACUAUGGUAAACAACAGUUUUUAUGUAAUUGUACAAAAAUUGGUACAUUUGGUAAAUUUUGUGAAUAUAAUUUUAUGAGUAAUUCAACAUUUGAAGAAACAAUUGAACACCAAUUUUAUUUAAAAGAAGAAUUACAUCAGGGAAGUCAAUAUAUUGGAAAUCGAACAUGUUAUAUAAGUUUAGAAUGUAAUUAUGGAUUAUUAUGUCUUGAUUGGAGAAAUAUAUGUGAUGGUAAACAACAAUGUAUUGAUGGUUCAGAUGAAGAUAAUUGUGAAUUAUUAGAAUAUAAUGAAUGUCAAUCAAAUGAAUAUCGAUGUACAAAUGGACAAUGUAUUGAUGAAGAAUUCUUUUUAGAUGGUGAUAUCGAUUGUAUGGAUCGUUCCGAUGAACAAUAUAAAGUCUUACACCAAACUCAUAUUGUAUUUCAAAAUUGUGCAUAUAAACCAGAUUUUAAUUGUGAUGAAGUAUUAGUACCAAGAAAUCAGUUUUCCUGUGGUGAUGGUCAAUAUCACCGAGAUAGUUAUUUACUUUAUAGAGAAAUGUCAAAUCACCUGUAUUGUGAAAGUUUCAGGAGUAGUAAUUUUAGAUGUGAAUUAGAUCAACAUCAAUUAUCUUGGACAAUGAAUAAUGGACAAUGUGUACUCUAUGGUCGAUUAGAAGGUCAUACUCAAAAUGAUAUAUGUUUAUUUUUGAUUAAAUGUGCAUUAAAUAAUGGUUUAGGACUUGGAUGUCCAUGUAAUGGACAAAAUUGUAAAGAUGUUAUUUUAUAUUAUAAUUGUACAUCAAUUAAUGAAUAUGUUGAAUAUCCUUUAGGAGGUGUACUUGCUCUAAAUAUAAGAACAUUUUAUAUGUUAGAAAAUCUUUAUGGAAAUAAACAACCAACUAAUGUUUCAUUUACUGGUAGUGUGAAAUGUAUUGGAUUUCAUCUUUCAGUAAAAGAAUUCAGAUCAAUGGAUUAUGAUCCUAAAAAUCUUGCUGGUUUUGUUCAUUGGCGUUCAUUUGAAAAUACGUUAUGUGAAAUUAGUAAGACUUUAUAUUGUUCAUCGGAACGACCACCAAAGCGUUAUAAUUCAGAUUCAACAUAUUCUACUUUUGCUACUUGUGAAGAAUUUUAUCGUAAAUAA